AAUUUUUGUUAUACAUUAAAAUGUUGUCCCAAGUGCUUUGAUUUUAUGUUCAUUUAAAGUAGAAAUCUAUAUAUUUUAUUCGAAAAUUAUGACCGCCGACAAGAAGCGUUCGGCGAAAAAGAAGCAUGCGACAAAAAAGAGCUCUAGUCACGACAAGAAGAAAUACAAUAAAUCUGCUUGCAAAUUUAUUCAUGAUCAAUUGCCAAAAAUAUGCUACAUAAUCGCUGUUUGCGAUUUGUUGCACGCUUUAUACUUCACCAUAAGUGCCAUGAUGCUGCUGGUUGAAAGUUUUAGCUUUUUUGCUGUAUUGGCGGUAAUCAGUGUAUUUUUCUGGGUCGUAAUUGUUAUCACAUUGAUCGUAGGCCUUUGGAAGCGCAAACCCACGUUGAUUAAAUGUUGGCUUUUAUUUUCUAUAGUUGGCUUUGGUAUUGAUAUAAUAUUCCUUGCUUAUGGUAUUAUGACUUCCUUAAACAUAGACUGGGAUCGUCUCCAAGAGUUCUCUAUAGUUUUUAUUGGAAUAUUUAUUGAAAGCAUCUGCAUAUAUCUUGUGUAUUGGUACUAUAAGAUUAUGGCUGAUAAGCCCAAGAACACUUGCUGUGAUUGGUUAAAGAAACAUAAGUCACAUAAAAGUAAGUCCAGUUCCAAAAAGAAGAAAUCUAGAAAGUAAUCUUAUAUCUGAAUAUUUAAUAUUGUUUCAUAACUUCACUUUUUAAAUAUAUUUUUCAAAAAAAUAACAAUAUUGAAAGAACAUCUUAAUGAAAAUAAAUAAUAUAUUUUUGUUU